ACGAGAUUAGCAGUGCGCUGUCUCGGGCUCCGGGGUCGCAUCCGGUCUGAUGAGUCUUCGGUGUUAUCUUUCAUCCAGAGACAUUUUCUGUUUCGUCGCGGAUAAAAGUGUCUUUGUUUUCGCCUCCGCCGACACUCGGACGAGUUCUUCUUCAGGUGUUCCCCAGCCCUGUCCUGCUGCAGUGUGGAUGCUGUAUCCAGCACAGAGCCAGGGCCUUGGGGCAACGACAGCAGCCAGCAGAGCUCCAUGAGCACCACGGGCCAGCAGCAGGGUGGGCUACGUUCUCGGCGAGUCCUGGGCAGGGACAAAAGUACUGGAUCCAGUGUCAGUAUGGAUGCAGAGUGCUGUCUGGCCCCCGGAGUGCUGCGCAGGCUGAUUGAGCUGCCGUCACCUCCCCUGUCCCGACACCAGCUCAAGAGGCUGGAGGAACACAGGUACAGCUCCGCUGGUCGUUCACUGCUGGAACCUCUGAUGCAACUCUACUGGGAAUGGUUGGUGGCGCGAGUCCCAUCCUGGAUCGCCCCAAAUCUCAUCACCAUCAUCGGUCUGGUAACCAACGUCUUCACCACGCUGGUGCUGGUGUACUACUGUCCAACUGCCACCGAACAAGCUCCUCUCUGGGCUUACCUCCUGUGUGCAGUGGGUCUCUUUGUUUACCAGUCAUUGGACGCCAUUGACGGGAAGCAAGCUCGACGCACCAAUAGUAGCUCUCCGCUGGGGGAACUCUUUGACCACGGCUGUGAUUCUCUCUCAACCGUCUUUGUGGUGCUGGGCACCAGUAUCGCAGUGCAGCUGGGAACCAAUCCGGACUGGAUGUUCUUCUGCUGCUUUGCUGGGAUGUUCAUGUUUUACUGCGCCCACUGGCAGACUUAUGUGUCGGGAACUCUGCGGUUCGGCAUCAUCGAUGUGACUGAGGUGCAGAUCUUCAUCAUCAUCAUGUACCUGCUGGCUGCAGUGGGAGGAUCUGCUUUCUGGCAGUCUCUGAUUCCAGUUUUAAAUAUCCAGAUAAAAAUGGUUCCUGCUCUUUGCACGUUUAUAGGAGCCAUCUUCUCAUGUACCAACUACUUCAGAGUUAUUUUUACAGGAGGCGUGGGUAAAAACGGAUCCACAAUAGCAGGCACCAGCGUCCUGUCUCCAGUGUUACAUAUCGGCUCAGUCAUUGUCUUGGCGGUCAUGAUUUAUAAGAAGUCUGCUGUCCAGCUCUUUGAGAAACACCCGUGUCUUUACAUCCUGGCAUUUGGGUUUGUCUCUGCCAAAAUCACCAAUAAAUUAGUUGUAGCACAUAUGACAAAAAGCGAGAUGCAUCUCCACGAUCUCGCCUUCCUGGGACCGGGACUGCUGUUUCUGGAUCAGUAUUUCAGUAGUUUUAUUGAUGAGUACCUGGUGCUGUGGAUCGCAUUAAUCAUUUCUUUUAUGGACUUGCUGCGUUACUGCGUCAGCGUUUGUAACCAGAUCGCCUGCCAUCUUCACAUUUUUGUCUUUAAAAUUGAGCCUUCGCCAGCCAUCUGCUCACCGCGCUGAGGAUGUCCUGGAUGGACCCGGACUCUGACCCUCAGCCCCCCACAGGACUGUGGAUCUUUUUUUUUUUUUUAAGGUUUCUGGUGCUCCUGGCUUUCUUCCAUCUGGACCUGAUGGCACUUCAGAUUUUUUUUUUUUUUUUUUUUAAAUGUAUCCACGUCUUCUGUUGUCGAUUCUGAAGUGUUGAGAAAUUUGCUUUGGGGCAUUAAAAUGUUCCUUGGAACCAGUUUUAUUCAUUAAUGCUACAGAAGACAAAUGUCAUGAAGCACGCAGCCAAAUGUCUUUAAGACUGAUCGGUGUCUUUACACGUCCAUGCUGCAGAUAUUUGGUAUUGAUGCAGCUGUUUAAGACAGAAGAUGAGCUUACAAAUGUAGACUGAUUUAACUGUUGUAGACUGUCUCAAACCCGCGAUGCGCUGUUUGGUUGUUGGGUGUCUGAGAUUGAGUCUAAUGUCGCACACGGCGCAUCUCUGGUGUCACGCUUCACGCCAGCACCUGGAUACAGCGUCCACUGGCGGAGGGGAUUUUUUUUUUUUUUUUUUUUAACGAAAAGUUUGUCACUUUGCAGAACUUAAGCCAUCUCAUUAAUGACGAGCAGUAACGUACCCCAAGUCUCCUUCUGGAUGUCACAAAGGCAGCUGUUGUGAUGUCACAAAGCCAGUCAUUUUUCUGUUUGUAAGUGUAGUAAAGUUGAAACUGACCUCUUUAGCCAACACUUUUUGUUUGUUACUUUAUUUAAGGUGAUGAUGGUUCCGAAAAGAAGUUUCUGGACCAGGUUGUGCGACUCUGAGCCGAACAGUUUUGGGUUUAGUGUUUUCGUUCCAUGAUAAAUGUACAAGCACGUGACUGCUUCUCAGCAUAUGAGGCAAACUGAUCAGUAACUCAGAUGGACUUUUAGUCUGUAAAGGAUCAGAUUGUUUUUCCUGUUAACAGCGGGAAGGUCAUGGAAGGCAGGAAGGCAUGUCAUUGAUCCAGGUCCAAACAGGUGAGGAUUCAGGAUGGUGUGGCAUUGAGGCUUAACCCGCCAUCACUUGCAUGUUUCUUCCUCUUGCUCAUGUUAAGAGGAAGUGCAGAUGCAGGAUGGCUGCUCAUGGACUGAACGCGUCUCUGUGGCAGAACUGCACUUUAUGCUCAACGGAAGGAUGAGAAAAACGACCCCCCCCCGUUCCAGUCCUCGUAAACGGGGAUCAGUUUUUCAGACUACCUUUGCGGGUAUCGAGGCGGUGACUUCACCCGCUGGCAGCUGUUAUUCUCUGAGUAAACACAGGCACAGUGCCUCCUGCAGGCCGGCUCUUGAAGCUUGCUGUUGCUGAACGCUGCCGUGGUGCACUGAACGUGUGCAGACUGACUCUUUACUUUCCUGCUUUUGCAUCCUCUGCCUGUUUUGAUUUUUGUGUCAUCUGCACAUGUUGUACUGCUCCUGUAUUUGUUUUAAGUGUUCAGUAAGACCCAGAAUGCCAAGCGGCUGCUUUGUUUUUUUUAUGCAGGUGCAUCUCAAAAAAAAUUUGAAUUUUGUGGAAAAAAGUUAUUUUUAUUUUCAGAUAUUUCAUAAAGUGAAAUUGUAUGCACUGUG